CUAAACCCCAUCAUUUUAAUAUAUGAUUCAUUGUCAUUAGUGUCUCCACCUUUUUCGUAUAAUUUCUUCAGUUUUCAGACUCUUCCAUAAGAAAUUUCAUGUGGCAGGAAUAGAAAGACACAGUCAAUUACCUAUAUACCUGUGUGUAUUUGAAAGACUGCUGAUACAGACUCUAGCUCGGAUUUGGAAGUUAGGCUAAAAUGUUUCUGACUCCUUUUCUUCUGUUCUUUUCCUUCCCUUUAUGCAUUUCCAUAGACACCAUAGGACCCAACCAGUAUGUCAAGGAUAGUGAGACAAUAGUAUCUAAAGCAAUGAAGUUUGAGCUAGGCUUCUUCAGCCCUGGUAACUCUAGUUACAGGUAUGUUGGAAUUUGGUAUGCUAACAUACCUGAAAAACCAGUGAUAUGGAUGGCAAAUAGGGACAAUCCGAUUAAAGAUUCAUCUGGUGUCCUCACAAACAGGUAUGGAAACUUGGUUCUCUAUGCUUAUAAGGAAAACUUAACUAUUUGGUCUGCAAAGGUAUCAGUCCAAACUACUAGUAGUACUUCAGCUCAAAUUUUAGAUACAGGAAACUUGGUUUUGGUCAAGAGUAACAGUGUAGACUACAUAUGGCAAAGCUUUGAUUAUCCAACAGAUACUGUGAUUCCAGGAAUGAAAAUUGGGUUGAAUCAUAAGACCGGUCUGGACAGCUUCUUAACAUCCUGGAAGUCAGAAAAUGACCCUGGAAUUGGGGACUAUUCAUAUAGGCUCAGCCUUAAUGGCUCUCCACAAUUCAGUCUGUAUAAUGGUUCAAGUAAGUAUUUUCGAACAGCUAUGUGGCCUUGGAGUCCAUCACCGAGUACCACACCAUAUGCAUAUGACUACAAUUUUGUCCAUAAUCAAGUUGGGACAUACUUGAUAGAUUCUUCUAAUAAAUCCUCUGAAAUUUCGAGACUUGUGCUGCAAUAUAAUGGCAUACUUCAGCACCUAAUAUGGAAUGAUGUUGAGGGGCAAUGGAAGGAAGUGUGGGCGGCACCAAAGUAUAAAUGUGACCCAUACGGACAUUGUGGCCCCUUCAGUGAAUGUAGUCUUGACAAUAUCCGAUCCGAGUGUUCAUGUUUGCCAGGGUAUCAACCAAGUUCUUCAGGGAAUUGGUCAGAGGGAAUUUGGUCAGAUGGGUGUGUGACUAAGCAGUUAGGAGUAUCUAUUAAGUGUGGCAAAAAAUUUGUGAAGGUUGAACAUGUGAAGCUUCCAGAUGCAUCAAUAUCAGGUUUGCUGGACACAAGAAUGGGUGAAAGUGAGUGCAAGAGGGCAUGCCAGAACAAUUGUUCAUGUGUUGCAUUUUCAAGUCUAGAAAUUGAUGGAGGUGGCGGUUGCAUGACAUGGUAUGGGAAAUUGAUGGACAUUCUAAUAUUGGCAGAGCUGGGACGAGAUUUCUAUAUUCGAGCAGAUGGAACUGAGUCAGCUGAGAAUGACAGAAAACCAAGAGGUUUCCUCAAAAGGAGGGGAAUGCUUGCUGUUCUAAUUAUACCUGCUCUACUGGUACUUUCUCUCAUCAUGUUGGCUUAUUGGUGGCUUAUCAAGAGAAAGACUGAAGCCAUUAGAUUGAAAAGCACAUGGGGGAGGCAGUACUCUCAUUCUAGUAGACACCCAGAUUUGCAACUUUUCCAUCUCAGCACAAUAAUAGCUGCAACAGAUGACUUCUCUCUGGCUAAUAAACUCGGAGAAGGUGGUUUUGGCUCUGUUUAUGUGGGCCAGUUAUCCAACCAACAGAAGAUUGCUGUGAAAAGAUUGUCCAAGAGUUCAAGGCAAGGAGUUGAAGAAUUUAAAAACGAAGUUACACUCAUUGCAAAACUUCAACACAGGAAUCUUGUGAAGCUUUUGGGAUGUUGUGUAGAGGAAGAGGAGAAGUUGUUAAUCUAUGAAUACCUGCCAAACAAAAGCUUGGACUUCUUUCUUUUUGAUCAAACUCGAAGGUCUGCCUUGGAUUGGAGAAAUCGAUUUGCAAUAAUCACUGGAGUUGCUCGUGGAAUUUUAUAUCUCCACGAAGACUCAAGGUUGAGAAUUGUCCACAGGGAUCUGAAAGCUAGCAAUGUCUUGCUUGAUGCUGACAUGAAGCCUAAAAUUUCAGAUUUCGGCUUGGCUAGAAUAUUUGAUGGGGACCAACUGCAGGAUGAGACACGAACAAUUGUUGGAACAUAUGGUUAUAUGUCACCAGAGUACGCAGCAUAUGGAAAAUUUUCAACAAAAUCAGAUGUAUUUAGCUUUGGGGUCAUACUGUUGGAGAUUAUUAGUGGAAAGAAAAAUAAUGCUUCUUAUGAGCAGGAUCAUUCCCUCAAUUUGAUAGGCCAUGUAUGGCACCUAUGGAGAGAACAGAAUAUCCUAGACAUUGUGGAUGUCCUACUGCAGUCAUAUAACGUUGAUGAAGUGCUGAGAUUCCUUCAGAUUGGUCUCUUAUGUCUGGAAGAAAAUGCAACAGAUAGGCCAACUAUGUCCGAAGUUGUCCUCAUGUUGAGUGGUGAAAGAGCUCUUGCAUCCCCUCAACGACCAGCAUUCAUCUUCAAAAAAACUUUCCACAAUAGUGCUGGUUUAUUAAUAACAGAUGGAUUUUAUUCUACUAAUGGUAUGACAGUCACCAAAGUCGUAGGUCGAUGA